AUGUUUAGAGUAGGACGUUUAGUUCAGACACGGGUGGCCGUCGCCUUAGUGAAAAAAGUGCUACUAAACGGAGUGAGGAGGCAAAUAGGCAAUUUAAAGAGAGUACCUACACUCAACACAAGUUCAAAGGACGAUAGCAAAAAUGGGGACAGAAUUAAGAUAGACAAACCGUCUUUAUUAUUGGCCUUUACAUGUAAGAAAUGCGGUACAAGAUCGUCACAUAUAAUAUCCAAACAGGCCUAUCUCACGGGAUCCGUUCUGGUUCAAUGUCCAGGCUGCAAAAAUAGACAUCUUAUAGCUGAUCAUUUAAAUAUAUUUCACGACGGUAAGAUUAAUAUCGAGGAUAUUUUACAGGCCAAAGGUCAGAAUGUUUCGCAGAAUGUUUCCGAUCUUUGCUUUGAGGAUAUCCCCGAAAAUCUAAAGCCGAUGCUUGGAAGAUAUGCAAAAGAUGCUCCAUCGUCUUUCAAAAAGGUGAAUAAAUCAAAGGUUGAAACGCAUACGCUACCACCUAGUAAGAAAACUUAA